CGCUUCGGGGUGCGGACGGACCAGGAGGGGCUGCUGGCCAAGGAGCUGGAGGACACCAACAAGUGGGGGCUCAAUGUGUUUAAAGUCGCCGAAUACUCAGGCAACCGCCCGCUGACGGUCAUCAUGUACAGCAUCUUCCAGGAGCGUGACCUGAUGAAGACUUUCCGCAUCCCCGUCAACACCUUCAUCACCUACAUGCUGACGCUGGAGGACCACUACCACGCCGACGUGGCCUACCACAACAACAUCCACGCUGCCGACGUGGCUCAGUCCACCCAUGUCCUCCUCUCCACGCCCGCGCUGGAGGCUGUCUUCACGGACCUGGAGAUCAUGGCUGCCAUCUUUGCCAGCGCCAUCCAUGAUGUUGACCACCCCGGUGUCUCCAACCAGUUCCUCAUCAACACCAACUCAGAGCUGGCACUGAUGUACAACGACGCCUCGGUGCUGGAGAACCACCACCUGGCUGUGGGCUUCAAGCUUCUCCAGGAGGAAAAUUGCGACAUCUUCCAAAACCUGAGCAAGAAGCAGAGGCAGUCACUCCGCAAAAUGGCCAUCGACAUGGUGCUGGCCACAGACAUGUCCAAGCACAUGAAUCUGCUGGCGGAUUUAAAAACCAUGGUGGAGACCAAGAAGGUGACCAGCCUGGGCGUGCUGCUGCUGGACAACUACUCCGACCGGAUCCAGGUCCUGCAGAACAUGGUGCACUGUGCCGACCUCAGCAACCCCACGAAGCCACUGGAGCUCUACCGGCAAUGGACCGACCGCAUCAUGGUGGAGUUCUUCCACCAAGGUGACCGGGAGCGGGAGAAGGGGAUGGAGAUCAGCCCGAUGUGUGACAAGCACACCGCCUCCGUGGAGAAGUCCCAGGUGGGCUUCAUCGACUUCAUUGCCCACCCGCUGUGGGAGACGUGGGCCGACCUGGUGCACCCCGAUGCCCAAGAGAUCCUGGACACGCUGGAGGACAACCGGGAAUGGUACCAAAGCAUGAUCCCGCGCAGCCCGUCUCCACCGCCUGAGGGA